UGGCAAAUGGGGGGGUAGUUUGGUACUCUCACACAUUGCUCUUCUUUGCCCCACCCUCUCUCUUUCUCUGCAAAAAAGUUAAUAAAGUGUUAUGGCAUAUGAUCAGUGUGUGUGAGAGAGAGAGACUAGUGGCUACUUUCUCAAUUUACAGCCACUCUGGAGACAGAACAACAAACACCUACCUAAAUAAUUUUCUGUAAAUUCAUCCCUUCUAUCUACUAAUUAUUUGUUAUUACUACUACUACUCUAUGUUGUCUUCUGGUGGAUAGUUCUCUCUCUCUCUCAGUUUUCACAAACAUAUUCUCUUACAAUGUCAGCAUUGUAGCAGCAAUCCUCUCCCACUUCUAUUCAAGGCAUUUCACCUUCUUCUCUUCUCUCUCUCUCUCUCUCUCUCUCUCUCUCUCUCUGCAACAAGUAUCCUCCAAUCAUGUCUUCCAAAUCCAAGUCUUCUUUAUCUGAACCUUCCAACAACAAAGCAUCGCCAGCAACUCCUAGGGUCAGUAAAUUAAGUAGGGGAGUGGCUAAAUCUGAUGCUGAUUCACCCUCUCCUCUGCAAAACUCACGCCUUUCAGUUGAUCGGUCCCCGAGAUCUGCCAAUUCCAAGCCUACCGUUGAUCGCCGCUCUCCAAGGCUCGCUACCCCUCCUGAUAAACAACCCACACGGGUAUUGAAAGGAUCGGAAUUACAGGCUCAAUUGAGUCUUGUUCAGGAAGAUCUUAAGAAGGCACAGGAGAAAUUGGUUUUGGUUGAGAAAGAAAAAGCUCAGGCAAAUGAAGAAUUAAAAGAAGCCCAGAGAUUGGCGGAGGAAGCAAAUGAGAAACUCAGGGAGGCUUUGGUGGCUCAAAAACGAGCCGAAGAAAAUUCUGAGAUUGAAAAGUUCCGGGCUGUUGAAAUGGAACAAGCCGGAAUUGAGGCGUCUCAGAAGAAGGAAGAGGAGUGGCAGAAAGAGAUUGAAGCUGUGAGGAACCAACAUGCUUUGGACGUGGCUGCUCUUCUCUCUGCUACUCAGGAGAUCCAAAGGGUUAAGCAGGAACUGGCCAUGACUUGUGAUGCAAAGAACCAGGCACUUAGCCAUGCUGACGAUGCAACUAAGAUUGCUGAGAUUCAUGUUGAGAAGGUAGAGAUUCUCUCAGCCGAGUUGGUCCGGUUGAAGGCCUUGCUUGAUUCCAAGCUUGAAAUGGAGGCCAAUGAGAACACCAGAUUGGUCUCUGAGCUGAAUUCUGAGAUAGAGACUCUGAAGCGAGAACUUGAGAAAAUGAGGAGUUAUGAGGAGAAUUUGGUGGAAAGAGAGGCUUCCAUAGAACAACUUAAUGUUGAGCUGGAGGCUGCAAAAAUGGCUGAAUCAUAUGCACGCAAUUUAGUGGAGGAGUGGCAGAAAAAGGUUGAGGAUUUAGAGGCCCAGGCUGAGGAAGCAAAACGGUUGGAGAGAUCUGUGUCAGAGUCAUUGGAGUUGGUCAUGAAACAACUAGAGGGAAGCAAUGAUUUAUUGCACGAUUCAGAAUCUGAAAUUGUUUCUCUUAAAGAGAAGGUGGGUUUAUUGGAAAUCUCAAUUAGCCGACAGAGAGGGGAUCUUGAGGAAUCUGAACGCCGCCUUGAUAUGGCCAAGGAAGAAGCCGCUGAAAUGGAAAAAAAGGUCGACUGUCUAAAGUCCGAGCUUGAAACUGUGAAGGAUGAGAGAACCCAGUCCGUGAACAAUGAGAAACUUGCAGCUGCCAGUGUUCAAACCCUGUUAGAAGAAAAAAACAAACUCAUAAAUGAAUUGGAAAAUUCCAGGGAAGAAGAAGAGAAAAGUAAGAAAGCAAUGGAAAGUUUAGCUGCAGCUUUGCAUGAAGUUUCUUCAGAAGCGAGAGAAGCCAAAGAAAAGCUUUUGUCUACCCAAGCAGAGAAUGAAAGUUAUGAAGCCCAAAUAGAGGAUCUGAGGUUGGUUUUGAAAGCGACAAAUGAGAAGUAUGAAACAAUGCUUGAUGAAGCGAAGCAUGAGAUUGUUAUUCUUAAUAAUUCAAUUGGACAAUGUAAGCAUGAGUUCCAGAAUUCUGAGGCUGAGUGGAAGCAAAAAGAGCUUCAUUUGAUGAACUGUGUAAGGCAAUCAGAAGAUGAGAACUCUUCAAUGGGAAAAGAAAUAAGCAGGCUGAUAAAUUUGCUGAAAGAGGCCGAGGAAGAAGCUUGGGCAAAAAAGGAUGAAGGAACUCAGCUAAAGACCUCUCUGAAGGAAGUUGAGUCUGAGGUGGUUUAUUUGCAGGAAGUUCUUGGGGAAGCAAAGGCUGAGACCAUGGGAUUGAAGGAAAGUUUUCUGGACAAAGAAAAUGAAUUGCAGAGUGUUAUUCAGGAGAACGAGGAGCUUCGAACAAGAGAAGCUGCUUCUCUUAAGAAGAUUGAGGAGUUAUCUAAAUUGCUCGAUGAAGCAAUGGCCAAAAAGCAAGCUGAGGAAAAUGGUGAGCUUUCAGACAGUGAAAAAGAUUAUGACAUGCUCCCAAAGGUGGUAGAAUUCUCUGAGCAGAAUGGAGAUGGUAGAGAAGAGAAGAUGAAAGCGGAGCUUCCAACCCAACAAUGUGAACAAGCUGUAAAAGAAAAUCCUCCCAUUGAGAACAGUGUUUUGUGCGAUGAGGAAGUUCAUACCGAUACUGCUGAAGUUGAGAAUUCAAAUGUAAACCCAAAAAAAGACUAUGAGAGCAAAGUACAAGAAGAAGAAGAUUCAGCAGAGGUUGAGUUUAAGAUGUGGGAGACCUGUAAGAUUGGAGAGAAAGACUUAUUGCCUGAGAAAGAACAAGAGCAAGAGCAAGAGCAAGAGCAAGAGCAAGAGCAUGAAUCCUUUGAAGAGGAUCUGGACUCAAAGGUGGAGGGUGGUCAGAGCAAUGAUCAUUUAAAUGGUUUAUCCUCAGCAGAAAACCUUGAUAAUGGAGAAAGCCCAUCAUCAAAACAACAUCCAAAGAAGAAGAAGCCUUUGCUUCGCAAGUUCGGUAGCCUGCUUAAGAAGAAGGGCACUAGCAACCACAAAUAAUGGAUUCUGUUGAGCAGGCAGGUACAAUUGGAUUAUAUUGAGUACCUGAAUGUGUUUGUUUUAUGUGUUUUCCAAUUUCCAGAAUAGGGGAAAGAAAGAUAAGAUAUAAAGAGGCUUGUAUUAUCUUUAGAUUUUUUAUUUUAUUUUUUAUUUUCUUCCUUUUCUUAAAUGUGAUUGAUUACCAGUUUGGGGAGCAUCUUGUCUGCGAUUGAGAACUUCGUAAUAUUUCUUACUUAAAUUUGGUGGAAAGGAGUGGUAACUUCUAAAAUUGUAUCUUUUUGUGCUUUCAUCUGUUUUACGUGGGUAAAUUUCUGUUCA